AAUGCGUGUUUUUCACGGGAAUAACUGUCGUUGAAUCGAAAAAAAAAUGCAGAGUCUGCAAGAAAAGGCUUCCGAAUGGAGUGGGGUUGCCAUAGACGACGCUUUUUCCAUCGACAACACCAACCUCUUUAACAAGCUCGGCCUUCAAACCUUCAUCAACCUCUCCACCAAUUUCUACAACAGGGUAUACGCCGAAGAGGAAGAGUGGUUUCGUUCAAUAUUCGCUAAUUCUAAGAAAGAAGACGCUAUUCAAAACCAAUACGAGUUCUUCGUGCAACGAAUGGGUGGACCUCCUCUCUUUUCCCAAAGAAGAGGUAUUGUUUUGCUUUCUAGGAACCUACCAUUUGCUGCUGAUUCCAAUAUAACUUCAGUUAUAUUUGUGCCUGCAAUGUUAAAUUAUUAUUAUUCUUGUAAAAUGAACUGAAUUAUCGAGUUUGGUUCGUACGUUACUUAGGAAAAAAGUGCAUUUGAUUUGAUUAUUUGAAAUCUACUGACUCAUGUAGCCAGCUAGUAGAACAGUUUUCAGUAGACUUUGAAAAAAUUGUUAACUCAUUAUUUCCCUUAGAAUAUUUGAUGGUGUUCCGAUAGAACGUGAUAAGGUCAACAAUUUUUGUUAAACUAGACUCUCUUACUAUCUUAAAAGUGGACUUUAAGUACUCCUUGAAAUUAGUUUGUAUGUAACUUCAGUUUUGCAUCUAUUCAUAUUCUAUAAUUUGAUCCAUGAGGAAAUGGUUGGAGCCCAAAUGGAGGAUGGGUUACGUGGUUAUUAUGCGCAAGGGAGAACAUAAAGUAGGGAAUGCUUAAUGAGAUUCUCAUUUUAUCCUUCUCCUUCUCCGUGCUCUUCUGAAUUAUAAUUUCUCUAACACCUAUUCCAAGGGGAUUUUGUAUUCUUCAUGAAGGGCCUCCCAAUACGCUAAAACCAUUAAAUUGUUUCCUCAGUUUCACAUCAUGUCAUCAAGAUUAAUUGAGAACAAUCUCUCUUGAAGUGUGGGUCUCCACACUCGUAACACUUUAGACCUCCUUCAUUAGUCUACUGUGACUUGUCAUAUGGAUUUUUCUGCAAUUUCCCUUUAGAAGACCCUCCCUCUUCUGUUCUAACCACACGACUUGGAUCCAACUUCAGUUGCUCUACAGUUUUGGCUUUCUCUACUAGAGAUGGAAAAUCCCAAAAUAAUGGCUAAUGUUAUCCAGCAGCAGCAAGCAACCGCUGGACCCCAAGAUCAGCCUAACUUAGGCGAGUUUAUGAGACACAAUCCCCCUAAGUUUACUAGGAAGGAUACUCCAAACCAGGUUGAUUCCUGGAUCUAAGAGAUAGAGAAGAUCUUUAUGGCCAUCUCUUGUCUUGAAGAAAGGAAGUUGGGGUUCACAUCCUACCUUUUGAAUGAAGAAGUUGAGUACUGGUGGGUUGGCAAACAACAAAUGAUGGAAGCUCAAAGAGAGAAUGCAAAUUAGGAAAACCUCAAAGAGAGGUUCUAGGAGAAUUAUUUUCUCGAUAAAUUUGAAAGGGAUGCAAAGUUCAUAACCUUGCAACAAGGAAGAAUCUCCAUGCACGACUAUGAGGCUAGGUUUGAUUAUAUAGCAA